CCGGCGCGAGCCGAGGCGAAAGGGUCGAACCCAGCGCGGAGCAGAGCGGGGGCUACAGAAGCGGAAGCGCGACCCGAGUCUCAAAGGGGGGAGAGAAACUCCGGCUCAGGAAGCGCCAGGGCUUCGGAACCCAGCGGCGAGGAGUCCUAGUGCCGCAGCGCCUGCGUACUGGGCGCCAUGUUUUGGAAGUUUGACCUGCACACAAGCUCGCACCUGGACACGCUGCUGGAGCGGGAGGACCUGAGCCUACCCGAGCUGCUGGAUGAGGAGGACGUGCUGCAGGAGUGCAAAGUCGUGAACCGCAAGCUGCUGGACUUCCUGCUGCAGCCGCUGCACCUGCAGGCCAUGGUGGCCUGGGUCACCCAGGAGCCCCCAGCCAAUGCCGAGGAGCGGCUGCGCUACAAGUACCCCAGCGUGGCCUGCGAGAUCCUCACCUCAGACGUGCCCCAGAUCAACGAUGCCCUGGGUGCAGAUGAGUCACUCCUGAACCGGCUGUACGGCUUCCUGCAGAGCAGCAGCAGCCUCAACCCGCUGCUGGCCAGCUUCUUCAGCAAGGUCAUGGGCAUCCUCAUCAACCGCAAGACAGACCAGCUCGUGUCUUUCCUGCGCAAGAAGGACGACUUUGUGGACCUGCUGCUGCGGCACAUUGGCACCUCAGCCAUCAUGGACCUCCUGCUGCGCCUGCUCACCUGCGUGGAGCGGCCCCAGCUGCGGCAAGAUGUCUUCACUUGGCUCAAUGAGGAGAAAAUCAUCCAGCGGCUGAUCGACCAGAUCCACCCAUCAAAGGAUGACAAUCAACAUUCCAACGCAUCUCAGUCUCUGUGCGACAUCAUCCGCCUGAGCCGGGAGCAGCUGAUGCAGGGCCAGGACAGCCUGGAGCCCGACCAGCUGCUGGCCACCCUGGAAAAGCAGGAGACCAUGGAGCAGCUGCUCAGCAACAUGUUCGAGGGGGAGCUGAGCCAGUCUGUGCUCGUCAGCGGGAUCCAGGUGCUGCUCACUCUGCUGGAGCCCAGGCGGCCCAGGUCAGAGUCCGUGACAAUGAACAACUUCUUCAGCAGUGUGGAUGGGCAGCUGGAGCUCCUGGCCCAGGGGGCCCUGGAUAACACUGUGUCCAGCACGGGGGCCCUGCAUGCCCUUCGCCCACGGCUCAGCCGCUUCCACCAGCUCCUGCUCGAGCCUCUCGAGCUGGAGCCGCUGCAGAUGACAUGGGGCAGCCUGGCCCCGCCCCUGGGCAACACGCGGCUGCACGUGGUCAAGCUCCUGGCCAGCGCCCUGAGUGCCAAUGACACUGCCCUGACACGGGAGCUCCUGGUGCUGGACGUGCCCAACACCAUGCUGGACCUCUUCUUCCACUACGUCUUCAACAACUUCCUGCACACGCAAGUGGAGGUGUGUGUGAGCGCCAUGCUGAGCGCGGGGCCCCCUCCCCACAGCGGCUCUGAGACGCCGGGCCAGAACCCCGUGCUGAAACACCUGCUGCAGCACUGCCGCCUGGUGGAGCGGAUCCUCACAUCCUGGGAGGAGAAUGACUGUGUCCAGUCCGGGGGUGGCCCAAGGAAGGGCUACAUGGGCCACUUGACACGGGUGGCCAAUGCUUUGGUGCAAAACGCGGAGCAGGGGCCCAACGCUGAGCAGCUGGGGCAGUUGCUGAAGGAGCUGCCGGGUGAGCAGCUGGAGCGGUGGGAAGCGUUUGUGUCGGGACCCCUGGCCGAGACCAACAAGAGGAACACUGUGGACCUGGUGAACACCCACCACCUGCACUCCUCCAGUGACGACGAGGACGACCGGCUCAAGGAGUUCAGCUUCCCCGAGGAGGCCGUGCUGCAGCAGGCCUUCAUGGACUUCCAGAUGCAGCGCAUGACCUCGGCCUUCAUCGACCACUUUGGCUUUAACGACGAGGAGUUUGGGGAGCAGGAGGAAAGCGUGAACGCGCCUUUCGAUAAAACGGCCAACAUCACCUUCUCCCUCAACGCCGACGACGAGAACCCCAACGCCAACCUGCUCGAGAUAUGCUACAAGGACCGCAUCCAGCAGUUUGAUGACGAGGAGGAGGAAGAUGAGGAGGGCCAGGGCUCUGGGGAGUCGGAUGGAGAGUACGGUGCCUGGCAGGGCAGCCCGCUGAGCAGGGCAGCCCGCUCGGGCCAGCCCCCCGGGGCCCGGAGUGGAGGCAGCACUGACAGUGAGGAGGAGGAGGAGGAGGAGGAGGAGGAGGAGGAAGAGGAGGAGGGUGGCGGCGCCCCCAUGCCCCCCGGCCCUCAGCCUCCCGGUAAGUGUGGGUCCCUGGGCAGGGCGGGGCACCUGCCUGCCGCUCCUCGCUCACCCUCCUUCCCACCCCACCGCCCAGGCCCCAGCUGGACAGCCGCCUUCGCACCAGUGCCUGUGGACGCCCUGCCAGGCCCCUCCAACUCUGGGGCAGAGGAGCUGCUGCCCCCUGUCCAGAAGCCGAGCAGCCCCCCGACCCCUGUCAGCCCGCAGCUCAGGUCUCAGGGCCCCGUUCCCCCCUCAGCACCUCAGAUGGCAGCAGAUGGUAGCAAAGUAGAGGAGCCCUCUGCCCCCUGCCAGGCCCUGGUCAGUGUCGAGGCCCUCCAGGCUGCCCUGCACGGGAUGCGCUCUGCCCCCAGCUCCUCGGACAGUGCCCCCAGAGACCCCUCUACCUCUGUCCCAGCCUCCGGGGCCCAGCACCCCUCCCAGACCACAGAGGGGGAGAAGAACCCGGAGCCCUUGGGGCUUCCCCCAAGCCAGAGUGCCCAGGCCCGCGAGCCACCUCCGAUGCCCAACGGCUCGGCUCCAGUAGCACCCCUCUCCCCGGGCUCCCAGUAGCCGCCCGUGGCAGUGGUGGCCCGGUCCUUCGUCCUCCCCAUGGACUCCCGUGGGCCAGGGUGGGUCCCUUGCGGGUCCCUUGCUCCCAGCGGCGGUUCCUGUGUCCUCUGGGCUCCUGGGGGCUGGUGGCAGGGAGCAGCCCCGCCCUGCCCGUUUGCACUGAGAAGAUGGCGGAGCCUGCCUGGCUCCUGGAAUAAAGAGUGACAUAGAGAGGAGAGAGACGUAUAUUCUAUAUUCUAUAUGUACCGAGGGAGGAGGGAGGCCUGGCGCCGAAGCACAACCUCUGCUGUCCAGGAGCGCUGCGUGGCCCCGGCCACUGCCUGCGUGUCCUGCAUCCCAGCGCAGACGCCUGAGCCUGGCCUUCAGCUCAGGUCCACCUCGGCGGGCGGCGGGCAGUGGGCUGUGCCUUCGCCUAGACCCAGUGAUGGACCUUCCCCUGGGCCUGGGGCCCCAGCCCUGCUGCCAAGUGGCCUUGUCCUAGCCCCCUCCCCCAGGACGGCGUGAGUGUGCGCGAGUUCAUGCGAGCUUGUUUCAUAUUGCAAAGAUAAAUAAAGGCAGACAGUUUAUGACUCCCA